AUGGCUUCCGCAACUCGAACUUUCGCCCGCGCCUCGUCUGCGUUCAGGACUGGUACCCGUAAUACCCUCCUCACUGUCUCCCGCCAGACAUUCCGCUGCCAACGCCGCGGAUAUGCCUCGGAGCCCACGAAAUCCUCGUCGAGCGGUCUCCUGAUCGGUGUAGGAGCUCUUGCCCUCGGUGGAGCAGGAUACUACUUCUACACCCAAGGCAACGGCUCCCUGCUAUCUGGAUCCUCGGGCGAGACAAAGGGCAUCUUCACCCCCAGGUUUGAGGACUAUCAGAAGGUGUAUAACGAGGUGGCGGAGCGGUUGGAGGAGAAGGAUGAUUAUGAUGAUGGCUCGUACGGACCGGUCUUGGUGCGAUUGGCGUGGCAUGCCAGCGGGACAUUCGACAAAGAGACGGGGACUGGAGGGUCGAAUGGUGCUACGAUGCGGUUUGCGCCAGAGGGAGAUCAUGGUGCGAAUGCGGGAUUGAAGGCCGCGAGAGAUUUCCUCGAGCCUGUGAAGCAGAAGUUCCCGUGGAUCUCGUACUCUGAUCUUUGGAUCUUGUCUGGUGUUUGUGCGAUUCAGGAGAUGCAGGGCCCGACGAUUCCGUACAGACCGGGAAGACUUGAUAAGGAUAUUGCUGCUUGCACGCCGGAUGGACGUCUACCGGAUGCUUCGCAGGGUAACAAGCAUUUGCGGGACAUCUUCUAUCGAAUGGGGUUCAAUGACCAGGAGAUUGUUGCUUUGAGUGGUGCCCAUGCUCUUGGUCGUUGCCACACCGAUCGAAGUGGUUUCGAAGGUCCCUGGACUUUCUCUCCAACUGUGGUCACUAAUGAUUACUAUGACCUUCUUCUGAAGGAGAAGUGGAGCUGGAAGAAGUGGAAUGGUCCUAAGCAGUACGAAGACAAGACUUCCAAGUCUCUCAUGAUGCUGCCAACCGACAUGGCUCUCAUCACCGACAAGUCCUUCAGACCAUGGGUCGAGAAGUACGCCAAAGACAACGACCUCUUCUUCAAGGACUUCUCCGCCGUCAUCACCAAGCUUUUCGAGCUCGGUGUUCCGUUCGCUGAAUCGACUGAAAAGAUGACAUUCAAGCCCACCAAUGCUUAG